AUGGCUCCAGUCGCAGACACCAAGCACUCUGCCGAGCUCUCGCAGCUCAAGGACAACCUUACCUUGAUGGCCACCUCCAAAAAGGAGCUCGAGCUGAUCAAGUCGGCCCCUCAGGCCCCUGGUCCGGGUAUGGCUCUCGUCCACGUCCGCGCGACGGGCGUGUGUGGCUCCGACGUUCACUUCUGGAAGCACGCCGGCCUGGGACCUUGGAAGAUCACCUCCCAGUGCGCCCUCGGUCACGAAUCUGGCGGUAUCGUCAUCGCCGUCGGUCCUGAUGUCACCAACGUCCGUCCCGGUGAUCGAGUCGCCAUCGAACCGGGCGUCCCCUGCUUCACCGCCACCUGCGACUUCUGUCGCACCGGCAAAUACAACCUUUGCCCCACGGUCGACUUCUACUCCGUCCCACCCAAGGAUGGCACGCUGAAGAGGUAUCACGAGCAUCCCGCGGGAUGGCUGCACAAGGUACCGGACAACAUGUCGUACGAGGAGAUUGCGCUGUUGGAGCCGCUCAGUGUCACAUUGCAGGCGACCUUGCAGGCGGAGAUCUCGUUGGGUACGCCGGUGCUGAUCACGGGUGCAGGACCGAUUGGGAUUGUCCAACUGCUGUGUGCCAGUGCUGCGGGGGCUACGCCGAUUGUCAUCACCGAUGUCGUCCAAGACAGGUUGGAUUUCGCUAAGAAGAUUUGCCCAGGCACCCACACCUACCAGGUCAACACCUCCCUGUCGGCGUUGGAAAACGCCACCGAGAUCUGCAAAGUCUUCUCUCGUGCAACCGGCAAGCACCUCGCCGAAGGAGAAAAGGACGUCCAACCCGCAAUCACGAUGGAGUGCACCGGAAUCGAGAGCUCCGUCCAAACCGCCGCUUACGCUACCGCCCCCAGCGGAUUGGUAUUCGUCAUUGGGGUGGGGGCAAACUUCCAACAGAUCCCCUUCAUGCAUCUUAGCACCAACGAGAUCACCCUGAAAUUCCUCUUCAGGUACAGGGACACUUGGCCAAGGGCGAUUAGGUUGGUCAGCAGCGGUAAGAUCGACGUCAAACAGAUUGUUACGAGUCGCUUCCCGUUGGAGAAGGCCAAGGAGGCCGUGGAGCACGCCGCGGACAGGUCCAAGUUCAGUGUCAAGACCAUCAUCUACGAUGACCAGGAGUAA